GUUGCAUUUGGAAAAUUCAGUGUCUGUUCCAGAGACGUCCUACUAUAUAGCAAGAGGCACAUAUCUCAACACAAAUGUACUGAUGAUGUACGCCAAAUUGUGUUUGCUUCUUCUGAGUUUAAUUUAUUUGGUUGCACUUAAGGCUGGUACUGAUGAUGUACGCCAAAUUGUAUUUGCUUCUUCUGAGUUUAAUUUAUUUGGUUGCACUUAAGGAUGCGCUACCAACCAACAUUUUCCCAUCAAUUUUAAGUCCAACAAAUAACAUUGUGGAGAUGACAUUGGAGCCCUGUGUGGAGGACGGAUUCGAUAUAACAACAGAGUAUGCAUCUGAAGGAGAGCCUAAGUACAUUGAAUGCAGCUUACUAAUGUUUUAUGAUACUAGUGAGUUUGAGGUUACUUGGUAUAAAAAUGACUUUCAAAUACAAUUUUCUUCAGACAAGCAAUUAAGAAUUCAUCAAAACGAAAACAUUCUUAAGUUUUUACCUGCAAAAGUAGAAGAUACAAAUUCCUAUGGAUGUAUGCUUAGAAAUUCUACAUUCUGUGUUAAAACACGUGUACAGCUUGAGGUAUAUAAGAAUGAAGAGGACCUCUGUUAUCGCAGGGGCAGAUUGUUCUCUCAGAAUGAAGAAAUCUCUAAAAGUAAUAAAGUAGUAUGUCCAAAACUAGAUGCAUAUCCAGUUGUAUUGUCACGGAUAAGAUGGUUAAAGGAUUGCCAGCCUUUGAAUUUAAGCAUGCGGCACCAUAUUUUUUCAAGAAGCCUGAACAUCGAAUUUUCAUCUGCACAAGAUGAAGGAAUAUAUACUUGUGAAGUGCCAUUUAUGUAUAAUGGUAGAGAAUAUACCAUCUCUCGAUCCGUUAACUAUUCUCUUCAAGUGGAACAAACCACCAUUCCUCCAACAAUUUUAAGUCCAACAAAUAAUGUUGUGGAGGUGACGUUAGGAUCUGCUUUAAACCUUGUCUGCAAAGUGAUGUACCGCAAUAUAUUAAUAGUUCUGCCACUUUGGACUUAUGAUGGCACUGACAUUGAUGAUUAUUACAAUUCUAGUAGAGUCACAGUACCGGAGCCCCAAUACAAUAAAUCGCAAGAUGGAAUCACUGUAGCAACAAGAACCCUGGCAUUUUUAGAAAUUAAAGAAGAAGACUACGAUAAACGUUUUUUCUGUGAAGCUUUCACUUUUGUAAAUUCAAAGGCGUAUGUUAUAUUAAAGCGACCUGAUGCUAAUAUGCUGCCUUUCUUGACUUGCCUCAUUUUACCAGCAUUGGUUGUGAUUAUGAUUAUACUAAUCAUCAAAUUUUUAAAAGUAGACAUUAUUUUAUGGUAUCGGGCUGCUACCUGCUUACCUAAGAAAGUCAUAAAAGAUGGAAAGCUGUAUGAUGCUUAUGUAAUGUAUCCAAAAAGUACUAAGGAUCACUAUAAUCAUGCAAUGGACAUUUUUGUAUUCAGGGUGCUACCUGAGGUUUUAGAGAAGAAGUGUGCCUACAAGCUGUUUAUAUCUGGUAGAAAUGAUUUACCAGGACAAGCUAUUACGGACCUUAUAGAAGAAGUCAUCUCACAGAGCAGAAGACUGAUAAUUAUUUUAGGAAACACAUAUGGAGAAAGACAUUUAGAGGAUAACUUUGAACGGCAUAUAGCAAUGUAUGAUGCUCUGAUUCAGGAUAAACUUCAAGUCAUUUUGAUAGAGCUUGAAAAGAUGACAGAUUACUCACAGAUGCCAGAAUCCAUUAACUAUAUAAAACAGAAAAAAGGUGUUGUCCGAUGGAAAGGACAGCUUGAUGAUGUCUCUCUUUCCCCAUCAACAAGGUUCUGGAAAAAUAUCAGAUACCGAAUGCCUCCAACAAACAAACAAUAUUUCUAAAAUGUUAUAUAUGUCCAUUAAUCAAACCAUGGGAGAUAUAGGUAUUAGCAACAGAUCAGUAGUUAGGCCUUAACUUGAAAAUUGUGUGCAGUUCUGGUUGCCAAAUCUCUACACGGAUUUAAAUAUACUAGAAUCUGUUCAAAAGAGCACUACUAAAUGGUUCAUGAUCUAAAAAAUAGAACUGUGAAGGGCAGUAGAUUCAGGCGUAAUUUGUGGAAGCACUUCUUCACAGAAAUGGUGAUGGAUUAAUGGAAUACACUUGCAUUAAAGGUUAUAACUUCAAGAAUACCUGGGAAAAGCAUAAGGCUAUACUACUAGCUAAAUGAGCUUACACAUUUAGGAAUUCUUGGGCAGACUUGUUGGGUCUGUGAUUCUUAUCUGCCAUCAAAAUCUAUGGAAUAUUUAUUUAAAUCAUAAACAAAUUGGUACUUAUUCUUAAUUUUAUUAAUGUAAUAUCGAUUUGUAUGUGGACCUUUAUUAACUGUAUCAGUUAAAAGUAUUCAAAGAACUCUCAGAAUAUUACAUUUCUCCAACAUAGGUGUGUCCGGUCCACGGCGUCAUCCUUACUUGUGGGAUAUUCUCUUCCCCAACAGGA